GCAAGAGGCGCUUUCGCAAGAUUUGACAGGAAGUAAUAAAUGACAAGGAGUGAGAAACAACAUUUCAGGAUUUAAUAGAGCGUAACUAUGUUCUUUGUUGCUUAUAUUUUGUCUAAACUUAUUCGACAACAUGAGUCUGAAGGAAGAGCCUGAAAGCAAAUCUAAAAGGAAGAGAUCAGAAUCACCCGAGUUCACAUCCACAAUACAUGAACACACAGACUUCAGCAAAGAAAGUGAUCAUGAACACAAAAAUAAAAGAACAAAGUCUGAGAGAGCGCAUUCUCCUGCCCCCAGCUAUAGGUCAGAUUUGUCAAUGGAUCCACCAACUAACUUCAAAAGUGGAGAAACAUUUGGUUUGAAUUUAAGAGUAAAGUCAGAAAGAGCAGCUUCUCCUGCACCCAGCUAUAUGUCUUUAAAAACAGAUUUGUCAAUGGAUCCACCAACCAACUACAAAGAUUUUCUUUUGGAUACAAGAUCAGAGAGAGCCCCUUCUCCUACACUGUCUCUAUGGUCUGAUUGGUCAGCAGAACCAUCAGCUAACUGGAAAACUGAAGACACUUUCCCCUUGGAUUCAAAACUUCGGACAAGUCAUCACUUUAAAUGUCCUCUGUGCAAAUCGAUGUUGAAAGAUCCAGUGUCCAUCUCAUGUGGGCACAAUUACUGCAGAGGAUGUAUUAAUGAAUUCUGGGACAAUCGUGCUGGGGUUUAUGGGUGUCCACAAUGUGGUAACCCAUCAGAAACCCGUCCGGUGCUGAACACAAACGCAGCUCUAGAUGAGGUGGUUAAAAGCCUGCAGCAAGCAGGCUUCAGUCCAGUACUUCCUCCACAAUCCUAUGCCGGACCGGAAGAUGUGGCCUGUGAUUACUGCACUGAGGAGAAAUUGAAAGCUGUAAAGUGUUGUUUAACCUGUGUCAUGUCCCUCUGUGAGACUCAUGUCAAGUCACAUUACACAAUAGCUGCACUACAGAAACACACACUGUCAGAUGUGACUGGAGACAAGAAGUCAGGACCCUCAGAGCAGCACCAGAACACAGAUGACAGCUUCAGCAGCACUGGACAACAGGAUCAGACCGAUAAAACUCAAGACGUUAUAGAGGAGGAAGUCGGAAGUAUUUCAGAAUCUACAUUAAAUGUUUGCACAUCAGAUAUGGAAGUUAAUAAAGACACUGAUGUUAGAAGUCUUGCCCUCUUGUGCUCUAAACUACAGCAAGAUGUUGCAGGGCUUAAAAAAAGCCUCUCAAAUUUAAAUGAGAAAAAUACAAAGAAAGAAAGAUAUUUUGAGGAGGAUGAAGAGUAUAAUGGAGAGGAAGAGGAAGAAGAAGACGAUGAUGAUCAUGAUGAUGAAGAAUACAAUGAGAAAGAUUUUGAUGAGGAAUUAGAUGGGGAUGAAGAUUCUCUUAAUGGUGCAGAGGGGUACACAGAUGAGGAGGAGGAGAAGGAAGAUAGUUACGACGAUGUAGAAGACAACAUAGACGAUUAUAUUGAAGACUAUGAUGAUGUGGACUACGACUACUCUGAAGACUGUGAUGAUGAGGAAUCUAGUACUGAGGAUGAGGAUUAUGAUGAGUACAAUUAAGUGUCAUUGAACUAUUAAGAUCGCUAUACACUCUGUGCAUUUUUAAAGCUGCUAAGACAUUUUAUUCUCAAAUUGAUGUAUUGGAGGAUAGUUUAAUAUGUGGAUUACCCCACCCCUCUACAUAAAUCUGCACCAUAAAUCAGGCAUACGAGGACACUUUUAUGUGCCCCAACUUCUUUGUUUCUGUCCCGAAGGUUGGUCUGCUGCUGCAUUCGCCUCCACAGCCCGUGCUUGAUGCAUCUGUUGUAACAAACGGCCUCAUGGGUGGGCCUUGUCCUAGACAACUGACAUGGAUUCCAAAUCCAAAUCUUAAGCUGUCAGUCUGAAGGUCUGGCUAUGCGAGACUAGAGGAGGGCAGAAUUUACUGUGUUAAAUUAAAGGCUUUAUUUGAAGUAAUAGACCUCAGUCAGGGUAGCAACGGUAUUUUUGACUGGAAUGAAAAUGAGGCUGAGGGAUAGCCUACAUAAGUCCUAUGCAUUUAAUGUAUUGUACUGUUGUUUAAAAACAAUGUUCAGCCAAAUGAAAAAAAAUGCUACAUCUGUCCGAUGUCAUGUCCAACGUCAAUCUGAAAAACUGUGCCAAAACUGUACUUAAAAAAGUACUGCAGAAAUAUGUUUAUCACAGCCGUUAUGCAUCGUUUAACAUGACAUUGUCUCUUCAUAGAGUAAGGUCAGAAAGAGCAGCUUCUCCUGCACCCAGCUAUAUGUCUUUAAAAACAGAUUUGUCAAUGGAUCCACCAACCAACUACAAAGAUUUUCUUUCUGAAAAAAAUAAAUGUAUAGACAAUGUUUAGAGUUGUGAAAAUUAGGUUGACCUUUAUAUACAUCCUUGUUUUCAUCUGCUUUAAAUUCAGUAUGGUGACUAAUGUAUCUAUAUUUUCAUGACCUUGCUUGGUUGUGUUGUAACAGUUGACAAAUUUAAAUUUCCAUUUUAUUAAACUAUUUUAAUAAAGUAUUUUUCUAGACUUUUUAUUCAUCUAAUCAGUCUAGCAGACUGACUAGACACAAAUCUAGAAUGAUUCCAUUCGUAUUUUUACAUUUAUUUAUUGCAGUCACACAUUUUGAAACUUAAAAUUUUGAUUGAUAACAUGCUCAUGUAGAUAGAAAAUUUCAUUUUGCAUUGAAUUUUGAGUUUGGAUUCUUAC